ACCAAUCAUACAGACAGGGCCAGGCUUGAAGAAAACAAGAAAACACACACAUCACUAUUUACCUGGAAACUUGGGGAAUUGAUUCAUUGGCAGGCUGAAGCUGAUCAAACUCUGACUCCACUUUUGUCAACGAGUAGAGCUUAUUGAGUUUGUACUCAUCAUCUUCAUCAUCAUCAUCUUUAUAAUGAGCACUAAGUGGUCAUUCGUGCUAUUGCUGGCUGUGGUCCUCGCUCUCACAGGCCGAACUCAAAGCUUCAAACCACUCUUUGCGUCUGAGAAUUCCAUCCCUCACCGCAGCAUUACAGUAAGGGCAGUUCUCCGAAAGACAGCCGAGGUCUGCCAAGCCAUUGCUGCUGCAGAGGGACGGGACUUCGGUUUGACUAUUGAUGACGGUCUAACGAUUGAACGAGUACACCAGGAGUGCUCCUCCUCCUCAGACAUUUCAUCCUCAAGACUGUCCAGUUUCUUUUUCCAUGCAUUCAUUGCCGAUAUGUACUUAAGCAAUGCACAAGUGGAUUUAUUUUUUUCAUUAAGUGCAGAGCACCAUUUUGAUGACGAGGGCUUCCAGGGAGGACGAGACAUAAUCACACUAGGUGUGUCUGCUGUGAAGGCCAAUGUGAAAAUGGAGAACUUCAUCAUAGGGCGUUUGAAUCUUGGAGCCCUAUUGCACACUCUGCAAGACUUCUACAGCCACAGCAACUGGGUGGAGUUGGGGAACACAGCUCCUUACAAUGUUUUGAUCACACCUGACCAACCCCUUGAGAAUCUGGCAGGCACGAAUAUUCCCACCUGUAGAAACUGUGAUGAAGAGAUCUGUGAUGACAAUAUUUUGCCUAAUGUGCUGGAAGAUAGGUUACUCACCUCAGGCUACUUCAACCUCUUCUUCUCAGAAAAGCCGGACGGUAAAUGCAGCCAUGGAGGUAUUUUAGACCAGACGAGCAAAAAAGACCCAAUGGGGGGCAUCAAUAAGGACGAUAUUGAAUCCAGUCAUGGCUCACUUCACAAUCAAGCAGCCAAUUUGGCUGUGACUGCUACUAUGGAGCUUCUGGAGGACAUCAGAUUAGCUGGAGGAGACAAGAACUUCCUAAGACUGAUGGGCCUCUCCCAAUCCUCUGUGCUGUGUUAUGUCAUCGACACCACAGGCAGUAUGGCUGACGACAUAGAAGAAGCCAAGAGAGUUGCUUUUGAAAUCAUCGACCGCAGGAGGGGAACAACACGGGAGCCGCCGGGCUACAUAUUGGUUCCAUUUAAUGAUCCAGGUGUUGGACCUGUACUUGUAACGACCAAUGCAGACACAUUCAAAGAAAGGAUCAACGAACUGACUGCCUUGGGAGGAGGUGACAACCCAGAGAUGAGCUUGUCUGGACUACAGCUUGCCCUUAUCACGGCUCCACCCUCAUCUGAGAUAUUUGUCUUCACUGAUGCGCCAGCAAAAGAUGCACACUUGAAAAGCACCAUCACUGCCCUUAUUGAGAGCAUGAAGUCUGUGGUAACAUUCCUGCUGACAGACGUCCUGUCCAGUCGCCGUGAAAGAGGCCUUCAAGGUGAGAUGUCUCGAGUCCGUCGAGUGGUUAGCCAAGCAGAUGCUCAGCUGUACCGUGACCUUGCGAGGGCAUCAGGAGGUCAGACCAUUGAAGUCAGCAAGUUGGAUCUUGCUCUGGCUACAAGUGUUAUAGAAGAUUCCUCAGAUAGCGCGACGGUGACAAUUUUUCAAGAAGUGAGCAGUGAACCUGAAAAUUUCCUAUUUACCAUUGACAGCUCACUAAGGAACAUAAUUAUCUCCAUCACGGGAAAUUCAGCUCUCACCUUUAAUCUCACCAGCUCCACAGGUGUAUCUCAAAACUCCAGCGAGUCCAGCGGCCCUCUGGCAUCUUUGAGCUUGGCAGGUAACCUACGACGAUUGAGGCUCAACAAUAACAGUGAAACAGGAUUGUGGGAAAUCAGUGUAGACUCUGAUGACCGCUACUCAGUUAAGGUCACAGGUCAAAGUCCAUUGAACUUCAUCUACAACCUUGUGGAAGCCCAUGAAGGACUCCAUGCAGACUUCUUUCUAAAGCAAGGACGUCCUCUUUCAGGGGGAAAUGUCACCAUCUUCGUCACAGUGACAGGAAGUGACAUUGUCAAUCUAACAGAGGUCACGCUGUACGACAACUCAGGCCCAACAGAUGUCAAUGGAACUUUACAGUCAUCCGGAGCAACUGACUUCCUGGUGACAUUCAAUGAGAUUCCAGCUGGUGAUUUUGUGGUUCGAUUGAAAGGAGGAGACAGCAACUCAUCAUCACGGUCAACUUCAAGCAGGUUCCAGAGACAGGCCUCCACUCGGAUUAUGACUUCUAACAUCUCUGUGGCUGCUCAAGUCAACACCACCAACAUAGAACCAGGCUCUACGAUCUUUAUUCCUUUCACUGUCACCAUAACGACUGGAGGAGUCACUAACGAGAAUGCAACUGGGACAUUCACAGUGCGCGCUACCAACGACCGCAGCUUUAAUUUUUCGUCGCCCGGGUCCGUCACCAUAGAAGCAAACAGCGGAGGGAAAGCCAACGACACUGUGAGCCUAACCGUUCCUGAAAGUGCGCCAUCGGGAACUGACGUGACACUUACGAUUGAGGCGGAAAAUGCAGCUGCAACUGAAAUCAACUUUGUUGUGCUUAGGUUUUCAGUUGCUGCUAAGGUGACUGACGUGACCGGACCAGUGUGCCAGGUGGUCCGUACAUUUGGCAACUGCUCAUUCAAUUCAGCACGUUGUGACUCCUCCCAGUGGGUGUUUGUUGUCGAAGUGACCGACGGAGUUGAUGGGACAGGAAUUGACAGCAUCACCGUCCGUGAAGGGAACGGCACCCUCAACACGAGCAUAAUGGUUGGAGAAGGGGGUGAGGAAAUCACCGAGGCCUUCUACCAGGCCUCCUGCUGUGCAGACAGAGUGGAGCUGUCUGUUGUAGACAACGUGGGGAAUGUGGCCAUUUGUGUGGGCCAGGUGACGGAUGUUCUCCCUCCAGUGUGCCAGGAAGUCAGCAUAGCCACCAACUGUCCAUCCUCUUCGUCACUCUGUGACUCCUUUCAGUGGGAGUUUGUGGUCAAUGUGACUGAUGACAUCAAUGGAGUGGGCAUGGACAACGUCACCAUCCGUGAAGGGAACGGCACCCUCAACACGACCACAGUGGUCGGGCCAAAUGGCGAGAACAUCAUCGUGGCAUCCUUUCGGGCCUCCUGCUGUGCAAACAGAGUGGAGCUGUCUGCUGUGGACAAAGCGGGAAAUGAGGUCAUUUGCGAAGGCCAGGCCAGAGAGUCUACCACGCUCGCACCUGUGACGACAGCGAAUGUGACCAACGAAGAAACAAACACUGGAGGGCAAAUGUUUAGCACAUCCUAUUGUCUCUGGAUAACUGUUGUGACAUUCCCACUUUGGAGAUGAAAGGGAUGUAGGUGAUUACAGUGUUCCCCCGCUAUUUGUGCUGAAUAGGGACAGAAUCCUGCAGCAACUACCGUAUUUUCACGACCAUAGGGCGCACCGUAUUAAAAGGCGCAGUCUCAGUUACGGGGUCUAUUUCUGUAUUUGUAUUUAACACAUACAUAAGGCGCACUGUAUUAUUGGGUGCAGGCAUGAACAUACGCUAGCUUAAAACAUACGCUAGCAUGCAUGCACACUAAAACAAUGUUUUUAAAAAGGCAGCGGGAGCAAAACUGAGUUCGGUUGUACUUUAUUGAAAGUAUUUAAAAAUGUACUCACGUUAUUUUUGGAUCAAUCCUCAUCCACAAAUCCAUCAAAGUCCUCAUCUUCUGUAUCCGAAGUGAACAGCUGGGAAAGUUCUCAAUCAAACACACCCUCUCGUACUCGUCUGAGUCAGUCUCGUUGGCGUGCGGCUCCUCAGAAAUGAUGCCGGCCUUUACGAAAGCUCGAACAACAGUGCAAGCAGACACGUUAGCCCAAGCAUCCGCAAUCCAUUCACAAAUGGCGCCGUUUCAUAAAACGAAAGCACCAAGACGGACCUCCUUGAAAAUGUUCGAUUUUUAUUUCUUCUGCGAGCUUUAUUGCCCUCAGUCGAAUGGUGACUGUAGAGACGCUUCUCCCGGCUGUUCUUUGCUCAUUAAUCCAUUAAUCCACCUCGCAUUGUUUCCGCGGAAACUCAGCUUCGUCUUCUUGACUUGGCGAAGCUGGUUUUCCUGCUUCCUUCACUUGCGAACCAUGGAUUCGUUGAUCUUGAAUUCUCUCGCGGCUGCUCGAUUCCCAUGUUCCUCCGCAUAACUGAUAGUUUACUGUUUAAACUGUGCUUCGUAAGCGUGUCUCUUCGUAGGUGCCAUUUUCGAGGGUCCUUAGCCAAACCGAUGUUGUUUUGCACAACGCACAUACCGGCGCUAAAUACCUACUGGGGGCGUGCCUUUAGCGUCCUCAGUCACGUCCACCUUUCCUCUAUAUAAGCAGUGUGUCGGCAGGAAAUGCUCCCAGUCAGUCAGUCAAGCGGUCAAAAAAAGUAAAAAAAAAAGAUAAAAUCAGUCAAAAAAUCAAGAGGAGCGCUCAUGACACAACAACAUUUGUAGAUGUUGGAACUCGGUGCACACAUAAGGCGCGCCACAUUAUAUGGCGCCCCAUCCAUUUUGGAAAACUUUAAGACUUUUAAGUGAGCCUUAUUGUCGUGAAAAUACGCCAUGAGUAAUUAAUGCAAAGCACUGUCUGAAUAGCAAUAUUCAGACAGUGCUUUGGCAUGAGCACACAACAGCAAAUAGGUGAGAUUUUGCAGCAAAUAACAUUGGAUAAGUCAUUAGUAAUUGACGUCCCCAAAAUGUCCUAUAAUUGCCAAUAGAUACCAGAAGAUGGUGAUGGGUUACCCCCCAAAAAAUCAGUCAAUAGGUAGGAGAACACGGUAUAUCAGUUGAAGCACAUAUAUCCAGUAUGUUGAGCAUUUCCAUAUUUAAUUUGGUUGGUAUAUCUAUAAGAAAAUUAUGCUAUAGUGUGAGUCUUGAUUUGGUGUAUGCAUGUACAUUGUAAUAUAGUUCACUUGUGUCACAUUUAAAUCCCAAGAUACAUCAAUUUCUAAUUCGAUGCUAAGGCAUAUCAUAACCUGGAGGUCAAUGACCUAUAGAUAACUCCUGAGGUCAAACUGAAAAGCACACAUCUUAAAUCAAAGUUUGUCAUUGAGCAAAUCCUGAAAGUUUCAUGCUUCUUUCAUUUUGUGCACAAUUAACAGGCCCACUAAUGGCAGGUAAUACAGCACCAUCUUGAGGCGAUCCCACCCACCUCCCACAUUAACUUUAUAGAACAACUUUCUGAACCAACGAUGUAGUUUUCCAUCCAUCCAUUUUCUGAGCCGCUUCUCCUCACUAGGGUCCCCGGGCGUGCUGGAGGCUAUCCCAGCUGUCAUCGGGCAGGAGGCGGGGUACACCCUGAACUGGUUGCCAGCCAAUCGCAGGGCACAUACAAACAGACAACCAUUCGCACUCACGGGCAAUUUAGAGUCUCCAAUUUAUGCAUGUUUUUGGGAUGUGGGAGGAAACCGGAGUGCCCGGAAAAAACCCACGCAGGCACGGGGAGAACAUGCAAACUCCACACAGGCGGGGCCGGGGAUUGAACCCGGGUCCUCAGAACUGUGAGGCUGACGCUCUAACCAGUCGGCCACCGUGCCGCCACGAUGUAGUUUUAUCAAAUGUAAAUUUAAAUAGAAUUCUCAAAGCUUCUAUAAAACAAAUUCUAACUCUCCUGACAUUGCCCAUUCUAAACAGUCUAUAUAAGUUAUGCUAAAACUCACUGAACACGUCUAAAUAUUGGAUGACAAAUAUUUUCAUUGCUUUUAAUCUACAUUUAACCUAACCUUUCGUUCAAAGCAAACAUGGCAAACCAGUAUUUACCUGUUAUACUGCACACAAAUGGAAUAAGCUGCCAACUGAAGUGAAGUCAGCCUCAAGUGGGAAUGUUUUUAAAUCUAGGUUUAAAGCUCUUCUUUUUUCUCAUGCUUACGAUUGAGCUCUUUUAAAGCACUGUAAAUUGGUAUUUUGUCAUCUCCUUUUUGCACUGUGCGUUCUUUUCCUAAUUUUAAUAAGCGCCCCCCGUACUUUAAUUGUUCGUUGCUUUUAAAUGAUUUUGCUGUACUUUUAAUCAUGUAAAGCACAUGGAGUUACCGCAUCUAUGAAAUGCGGUAUAUAAAUAAAUCUUCCUUGACCUGC